AUGUCUUCAUCUCAGCCGAGUGCAGCAGCCCUCAAGGCCGCCCAGCUUUUCAAUGUCGACGGCCUUGUAGCAGUCAUCACUGGCGGCGGAACGGGCAUUGGUCUGAUGAUGGCCCAGGCCUUGGCUGAAAAUGGAGCCGCAGCCGUGUAUAUUCUCGGACGACGACUGCAAGUCCUCGAAGCCGCCGCUGCCUCCAUCGGCAUACCGAGCGUCAAGCCUAUCGUGUGCGACGUCACGUCCAAGGACUCCCUCCAAGCAGCUGCGGACCGUGUAAAGAAGGACUUUGGAUAUCUGAACCUCCUCAUCUGCAACUCGGGCAUUGGCGGCCCACAGUCGGCAAAGCCCAGCAAGCAGCCAGAGCUGACUAUCGAGGAUUUUGUAGCUUCAAACUGGAACGUGCCUUUUGAGGAUUACAACCAGACCUUUGCCGUUAAUGUGACUAGCGUUUGGUAUACAACACUGGCCUUUUUGACGCUGUUGGACGCUGGCAACAAAAAGGGCAACGUGGAGCAAAAGAGCCAGGUCAUUACUACAAGCUCCAUUGCCAGUCUCAACAAGGAACCCACCGGCGGUUGGGCAUACGGCCAGUCCAAAGCUGCGACAACCCAUUUGGUCAAGGCCCUCUCUGUCGCCCUACCAAAGUGGGACAUACGAGCCAACGCGAUAUUGCCAGGCUUAUACCCGAGCGAAAUGUCUGCCCCCAUCCUGGCAAGGGGCGGACUGGGCAAGGACAUGAUUCCGCUUGCUCGUAUUGGCGAUGAAUCCGACAUGGCCGGAACCGUCCUCUAUCUGGCGUCGAGGGCCGGUGCGUACUGCAAUGGAGCCGUUAUCGUGAGUGAUGGUGGGCGAUUGGGUCUUUUCCCUACCACGUUCUAA